UCAUGUUUGCAUGGUGCAUUACACAAGUAGAGGAAAUAUUACCUCCCCAUGAUGGAAAUUAGAUAUCUUUUAAUAGUGAAAGUUACCGGGUCAUGGAACGGGCAAAUUCGCAUUGCAGGAACGCCAGUCCCACCGCCCCCCCUUUUCAAGUAACACAUAAAGUGCUGAACUCUUUUUCUUUUCUCUCUCAUUUUUCUCUCCAUACAACCUUUUAAAUAAUGAUGUCUAAUGAACCAGACCAACAUGAACCAAGACCUUCGUUUGACGAUAUUGACGAAGAUGACUUGAGACAAAUUGUGUAUAUUUUACCCACAGAUCCUCGUACAAAACGAGUCAUGUUCACAGCGAGUCUAAAAGAUGAAGAGAAGAAAUGGGUCCCAGCAAAGUGUGAUGUGGAUAGCUAUAUAAACCAGGAGGCUGACGUCCAUCGAGAAACAUACGAACAAGUGGGAGUACGAGGACAGAUUGUAGGACUUGUUGGAUCAUUUUAUGAAUGUUCAAAGAAGGGAAGACCUAAAUCACACAUCAAAAUCUAUGAGCUGCAAAUCGAUGAAUUAAUAAAAAAGUGGCCUGCCAGAAAGAAGAGAGACAGAAGAUGGUUUACAUUGGAGGAAGCCCUUUCCAUCGUAGCGAAUAAACCGUAUCUUACUCAAUCAUUUGAAAUGACAACCUUGGUCAAUACAUAGGACAUAUAGGAAAGAUUU